UGAUAAAGUAAACCCGGUUCCAGAGAACAACAAAUCAAGUUAGUUUUGUUUUGUAAGUUGGUCAUAACUUUCCAAUUAGAACCAAAACUCAAUUCUCUCAGUCUCUUCUUUCUUUAAUUUUUUUGUUCUUUCUCUUAAUCUAAAAAAGAGGAGACAAAUCUAUCGAAACUAGGGUUUCUCAUUCAUCUGUUCGGAUACAAGCUGGAAACACAAUCAGAACUCCCUGUUUUUAAGGGGUAAAGAACUCGUUGUCUUGCCUGUUUCCGCUCUUCAAUCAUCAGACCUUGGAUUAAUUGCAGUUUGUUGAGUAUUUCUGUGAUCAGUUUUCUAGGGUGAUUUUUUGUUGAUUUAAUGGCUGUGGCAUUUACCAAUCUUUCAUGGUGGUUAUGGAGUGGAAAGCAUCAGGAACCCAGAAUUUCAAACGGGUCUUCUUUAAAUGCGAGACCUGACUCGGAUUUAUGGGAAUCGUCGGAUACUCUGAAAUUUCCUUUGGUUCAAACUAAUGUGGCAUCCUCCUCUAGAAGGGUUAAGAGAAAAUGGCACAGCCGGGAAGAGCGGAAAAUUGAUAGGGAAUAUGAUGUUGUUCUUGUGCCAUCUGAUGGUGGCUGUGUUUCAGGGUCAGAGUCUGAUGAUUCGGAUUAUUCCAUUGGGUGGUUAGAGCCUCAUGGACCUGAAUUCCAGAGUGAUGAUGAUACGGACAACAGUUUUGCUGUGCUGGUCCCAUGUUAUGGCCGUGUUCAAGAUAAUGCCUUUGAGGUUAAAAAGAACAAUCUGUUUGGUGCUAUUGUUAACAUUCCAGAUGAGAGCAAGAAAUACAUGGAACAGUGGCUUUCAUCCGUCCAGAACAUCUGACAUUUAGUGCUGCUAAUGAUUUCACUUUACUGUUCAUUGUGCUAUACUUCUGUAACUGCUGAAUCUUCUGGCAGAACCCAUCCUUCUGUUUAACGAGAAAAUAUUGUACAUAUAUAUGGGAGGACUUGAAAGAAAAAGAAAAAAAAAAGGCAAAAAGCAAAAAAAGAAGAAAAAAAGAGUGCAGCUGGUCGGGUUUAUUGCUUGCCAGUAGAAGAAGAUUGCUGAUGUUCUUCUUAUCCUAGCUAGUACUAAUAUAUGCUGAAAGUGGCGGGUUUUUUUGGCUUCUAAUCAUUUCUUGACCGUGAAGGAGUUUUCCCCUGCAGCUGCCAUUCCUCGUCACUGUCCCCGAUUUAGGAGAUUACUGUGGGAUGGCAGAUACCUCAGCUAGAAAAAAAUAAGAGACGACAGGGAGAGAGCGUUUUGUUGCGCGUGCUUUUAAUUCUUUGAUGUAAAUAUGGCUGCGCAUACAGAAGCAGGUUCAUGCUUCAUAUUCUACUGUAAAAACUAUGUAAAUAAUUGCAGGAAUUGUGUACAUAUUGUAUAGUGAUCGAAUCCCCUCUCGCUAUCUCUCG